AUGAAUAAGCAUGGUUCGGUUCCUGCAUCAGCUAACCACGUGGAACAGGUAUCAGGGGAGAACAGUAAUAAUUCAGUGGAAGAGAUUGCGGAGUUGAUUCAUUUAUAUUGUUUAAGAGAAGGUACCCCAUGUUUCCGUGGAUAUGGAAGACGUAAUGGUGAACGCAGAAGGAAGUCUGUUCGUGGAUGCAUUUUCAGCCAAGACCUGUCUGUUUUAAACUUGGUUACAGUGAAGAAGGGAGAAAAUGAUUUGCCCGGGCUUACUGACACUGAAAAACCGAGGAUGAGAGGUCCAAAGAGAGCAUCCAAGAUCAGAAAGCUCUUUAACCUUUCCAAUGAAGAUGAUGUCCGGAAAAAUGUUAGAAACCAAAAUGAUCAAAACCUGAAAUGA